AUGCGAAGUCAUUUGGUUGAAUUCGAUGGACUAGUGAGGAAGCUCGGGUCGUUGAUGUACGUGAUGCUGUGUACUAGGCCGGACAUAUGUUAUUCCGUGGGUUUCUUAGGACGGUUCCAGCAGAAGGCAACCGCACAGCAUUGGCAAAGCUUGAAGAGAGUAGUUCGCUACAUCAAAGGGACGAAAGCCAAAGGUUUAUUAUUCAAUCGACAGAGCUCUGCUGAACCGUUGGUAGGCUACGUCGAUGCGGAUUGGGCCUCAGACGCCGAUGAUCGUAAAUCAGUAAGUGGCUUUGCCUUUUUCGUGUUUGGCAAUCUCGUAAGCUGGUCAAGCAAAAAGCAAGCAACGGUGGCAACGUCGUCAAGCGAGGCUGAAUACAUCGCACUCAGCUCGUCAGUAUCGGAAGCAGUUUGGCUCUCUGGGAUUCUCGACGAUCUGAAAUUGAAGAGCUCCAGUGUUCCAGUCACAAUCUACGAGGACAACCAAGGUUGUAUCGGGAUGGCCAAGAACUGUGAAUCGAAACGCUCUAAGCAUAUUGAUGUGAAGCAUCAUUUCAUACGGGAUCACAUUUCCAAUGGCAGCGUGAAGAUUGAACAUGUGCGAACCGAAAAUCAACUGGCUGAUUUCUUCACCAAGCCGAUGGAACACUAUCGUCUAGAACAACUUGGACGCCGUCUCGGAAUAGCGGAUUGA